AUGAAUAAAAAGCAGAUAAAAUAAGAUAAGCUUCUUAAAAAAAAGGUAUUGUAUUAAGAGUACUGGAAAACUAUUUUUAACUAAUCCAAUAAAGCAAAAGACAAAAUUAAAGAUGGAGACACUAGUACUAAUAUUUUUGAACUAUUAUCAAAAGGGGAAAGCAAUUAAAAUAAAGAUAAAUUAGAGUAAGGUUUUGACAAAAUAUUAUCAGAAUAGAAUCACAUUCUUAAAUUACCAAAAGUAUUAUAAUUUAUAAAAAAGGACUAAAAUCCAAUUCAAGAAAAUAGAAUUUUACAAGAGAAGACAGAAAGUAAAACAUUAUUACAAAAUAAAGCAACUUAAUUAUCUCCACAACCUAAAUUUGAUGAAUAAAUUAAAUCCACUUCGAGAAAUGUGUAAACUUAGAAUAUCACUUAAAAAAUUACUAUCACCGAUACUAAGAGUUUAGAAUCAGGAAAUAAAUAAAUAGAUAUAAACAAAGACAUCAAUGAUAAUGUUAUACAAAAUGAAGUAAAAUAAGUAUUAAUUAAUGUUUCUCCUUAAGAAUAAUUACAUUCUAAUGUACAAUCUUAAACUAAAUUUGGAAUUACUUAAUAACAAUAUUAAUAACAAGAAUAACAAUAAGUAUAAUAACUAUAGUAAUAGUAAUAAUAAAAAUAAUCAUAAAAAUAGUAAUAGUAAGAUAAAUAUUAAUAAAAAAAAUAAUAAUAAUAAUAAUAAUAAUAAGAAAGUUUACAAACAAUAAUAAAGAAAAUUAAAAGUUUUGAAAAGUCUAUAAAUAAAUGUAAAUAGACUAAUUCUUAAGUCAAACCUGUCUCAAAGAAUAAUAUCAAUUAAUUAGAAUAGACUCACUAAAAAGGGUUAAUUAAUGAAAGUCAUGAUAUUACUAAAGAUAUUCCUGAUAUUUAAUAGUAAUUGAAGAUUUAAAAUAAUAAAAUAAAUAUAGAUACUGAUAAAUGCAUCAAGAAAUAAUUUGAAAGAACUUAAAAAUCUGUACUUUUAAUUGAUAUUUUAGGAACAUUUCAUGAAUGAUUAAAUAAAAACACUUAAGCCAUAAGAUAAAUCCAAUAUUGCAUAAUAAUUGACAACAACAAAUGAUUCAAAUAAUAAAUCUAUAGAAAAUGAUAAUAAACAAUAACAAAUGAAAAUCUCAAAUGAUGGUUUAAUUUAAGAAAACAUAAAGUAAUAGUCUGAAUAAAAAGAUUAAGAUAAUCAAUAAAAUGAAUCAAAUACAACUUAAAAUUAAAUUGUUACUAGAUCUCAACUCAAAGCUGUUCAUAAGAUUAUGAGAACAUUGAAUCAAAAAGUAAAUUAUAUUAUUAAAAAAAAAGCUUCAUUAAGAUGAUAUAAAAAUUCAAGUUAUUUGGGAUGAAGUUUUAGCUUAAUAAUCUGAUUUGGUACCUAAUUUUGAGAAAUUUAUUUAAUGCAUUCAAUUCUUGCAUAAUUUAGAAAAGGCACAUUUUGAUUAAUAAAAAUUGACUGCUUAAUUAUUGUGA